AUGAGCCAGGCCAGGCCUCGCUAUGCCAUCGAACGUGCUGCCUACUCUGUCAGCCUCUUCGACGAGGAGUUUGAGAAGAAAACCAGAGCUUACCCCGUCGGGGAGAAACUGAGAAACCUUUUCAGAUGUUCCGCCUCCAGGUUCAGGCUCACCCUCUUCCGCCUGUUCCCCAUCCUGGGCUGGCUCCCCAGGUACAGGAUCAAGGAUUACGUCCUGCCUGACGUCCUCGGGGGGCUCAGUGCGGGGACCAUCCAGACAUUCAUUGACAUUUGUAAAGGUCUGCCCCAAACCAACCUGGCCUCCCUGGUCUACGCCCUGGUCAGCUCUGUGCUCCUGAUCCUUGUCAAGGAGCUCAACCUGAAGUACAUGAAGAAGAUCCGGAUGCCCAUCCCGAUGGAGAUCAUCAUUGUUCCCAGAGCCCACGGUGCCCCUGGUGAGCAAGUGGAAGGACAUGGUGGGCACGGCCUUCUCUCUGGCCAUCGUGGGCUACGUGAUCAACCUGGCCAUGGGGAGGACCCUGGCAGCCAAGCAUGGCUACAACGUGGACCCCAACCAGGAAAUGCUGGCCCUGGGCUGCAGCAACUUCUUUGGAUCCUUCUUCAAAAUCCACGUGAUCUGCUGUGCCCUCUCUGUCACCCUCGCUGUGGAUGGGGCAGGAGCCAAAUCCCAAGUGGCAAGUUUCUUUGUGGCUCUGGUGGUCAUGGUGACAAUGCUGUCCCUGGGAAUCUACCUGGAGCCUCUUCCAAAGUCUGUGCUGGGAGCCCUCAUCGCUGUGAACCUGAAGAACUCCCUCAAGCAGCUGGCUGACCCCUUCUACCUGUGGAAGAAGAGCAAGCUGGACUGUCCGCAACGGCUCUGCCCUGGGCCAGGUGACUUCCACUGACAUCUACAAGAACCCCAAAACCUACAACAAGGUCCAUGAAGUUAAUGGGAUUAAAAUCAUCACCUACUGCUCGCCGCUGUAUUUCGCCAACUCAGAGAUAUUCCGGGAGAAAAUCAUAGCCAAGACAGGGGUGGAUCCUGGCAAGGUGUACUUGGCCAGGAGGAAAUUUGUGAAACGGCAGGGGAAGAGUGCAGCACAAGCACCAGCAAAGCUCCCAAAAUUCCUGCUGAAGGAGAACAAGACCUUGUCUUUGCAAGAGCUCCAGAAGGACUUUGAGAGCGCCUCUCCAACGGACACCAACAACAACCAGACCACUGCCAACGGCGCCGGCAUCUCCUACAUCACAUUCCGCCCUGCUGGCCCCGGGGCUGGGCCAGGGCAGAGCCCUGGGGAGCUGGGCAGCAGCAGCACCACCCUGCAGGGCACCAGCACCACCCUGCAGGGCAGCACCCUCAGCGUCCUGCCCACAGACACCGACCCUGUGCUGGCAGCACCGCCCUACGUCAGCUUCCACACCAUCAUCCUGGACAUGAGUGGGGUGUGCUUUGUGGACCUGAUGGGCACAAAGGCUCUGAGCAAGUUGUGUUCCAGUUACCAGAAGAUUGGGAUCAAAGUGUUCUUGGCAAACGUGCAUGCCCAGGUGUACGACGACAUCAGCACAGGGGGAGUGUUUGAGGAAGGAGGCCUGGACCCAAGUCACAUCUUCCUGACCAUCCACGACGCUGUUUUGUUUGCACUGGCCAGUAUCAGAGAGUUUGUCCACCCACCCAUCUUGGAAGAGAGGCCGACCCAGACAGAGCUCUCCAUCUAUGAUGAGUCUGUGGAUGAGGGCAGUGCAGAGUACAAGAACCUGGAGGAGGAGAUGUUUGGGAGCAUGUUCCACUCAGAGACCCAGACAGCUCUGUGAGCACAGCGGGCAUUGGGCAGACCCUGCAGAGGAGACUCCUCCAGACCCUCCAGAGGAGAUUCCACUCUCCCACCCCUCCAUGGAGAGCUGUGCUUCUACCUGGGGAUGGAACAGGUUUGCAACGAGGCCAUAACCCUCCAGAACUGCCAGAUCCUCCCUGCUCUGCUCAUGAUAAACCCUCCAGAGGAGAUUCCUCCAGACCCUCCAGAGGAGAAUCCUCUCUCCCACCCCUACAUGGAGAUCUGUGUUUCUACCUGGGGAUGGAACAGGUUUGCAACAAGGCCAUCACCUUCCAGACCUGCCAGAUCCUCUCUCCUCCAUGCUCUGCUCAUGGCUGACCCACCAGAGGAGACUUCUCCACACCCUCCAGAGGAGACUCCUCUCUCCCACCUCUCCAUGGAGAUCUGUGCUUCUACCUUGAGUUACAAGCGGUUUGCAACAAGGCCAUCACCGUGCAGACCUGCUAAAUCCUCCCUGCUCUGCUCGUGGCAAACCCUCCAGAGGAGAAUCCUCUCUCCCACUUCUCCAUGGAGAUCUGUGCUUCUACCUGGGGAUGGAACAGGUUUCCAAUGAGGCCAUCACCUUCCAGACCUGUCAGAUCCUUUCUCCUCCAUGCUCUGCUCAUGGCUGGCCCACCAGAGGAGACUUCUCCAGAUCCUCCAGAGGACACUCCUCUCUCCCACUUCUCCAUGGAGGGCUGUGCUUCUGCCUGGGGUUACAACAGGUUUGCAACAAGGCCAUCACCGUGCAGACCUGCUAAAUCCUCCCUGCUCUGCUCGUGGCAAACCCUCCGGAGGAGAAUCCUCUCUCCCACUUCUCCAUGGAGAUCUGUGCUUCUACCUGGGGAUGGAACAGGUUUGCAACAAGGCCAUCACCGUGCAGACCUGCCAGAUCCUCCGUGCUCUGCCCGUGGCACUCAGAGCAGAGCACUCUGAGCAGGCAGAGCCGGCUGGGGCAGCAGGAGCUCAGCAGAUGCCAUCUGGUGGAUUCUCAGCUGGAGGGGACAUUCAGCCACCCUUUUGUCCCUCACCAUCCUCCUGCCCCGGUGGAAUUACACCUCCUGGCCGUCCUGCUCCUCGCCUUUCCCUCCUCCCUGUCUCCCCCAGCGAGUGAAACACAAGCAAACCCUGAGAGCCUUUCAGGAGGUGUGGCAGGGCAGCUGCUGCUCUCUGAUGUGCACUGAGCCCCGAAUUCCCCUGCGUGUCUCUGCAGCCUCUGCCUCUCCUCUUCUGUGUCCCAGCAUCCCAAAAAACACUGCCUCGGACCAGUGGCACCCCAAA